AAAACAGAAGAAUUGAAAAAAACUAAAGUCAAAAAUGAUCUUAUACUGCCCCAUCAACCGAUUCAUGAUGAUUUUUUACAAACAAUGACGCAAGUGUUCCACUGGUCAAAAUGGAUUGGGAUUGUUGGCUUGGAGAGUUCUGUAUGGAAAAUCUGGGGGUUUAUAAUACUGUCUCUUUAUGUAGCUAUAGAAGUAGAAGCUAUUUGGAAAGUUAUAAAGGCUCUUGCGGGCUGGGCUAUUGAUACAGCCGCGCAGAGAAGUAUAGCCGCUAGAUUGUCUGGAUCCGUGUAUUACACUGGUACACUUUUGGGGAUGUUGCAGUGCUGGAGACUGUCCAGCUCUUGGAAGGAGCUACGGAAAUAUUGGGCCUCAAUAGAAUGGGUUUUGAGCAUUCAAUACGUACCCCCGGAUGCUACUUUGAAAAAACGAAUGUAUGUAACAAUUGGAAUAGUUGCUGCCUUUACUACAAUUGAACACAUUUCCAAUGUAUUAUCGCAUUUGGGUUUCCAAUGCGAACCGUCACAAUGUUUGCGCAAAUACAUACUUAGCUCGCAUGGGUUUUUGUUGCUAGAUUUUGAAUACUCAGAUUGGAUUGGUGUUGCUAUCGCUUUUAUGAGAAUAUUAGCAACGAUGGUAUGGAACCUGCGAGAUUUACUCAUAAUCUUGACCAGCAUGGGUUUGACUUCGAGGUAUAAGCGGCUUAAUGAAUGUGUCGCAAAAGUUGCUGCAAGGGAUAGCCAAGGAAAGGAGUGGCGUGAAGAUACGGAAUUCCUAAAAGUGUACUUAUGGCGGAAGAUAAGAGAAGCAUACGUUAAGCAAUCGUUGCUGGUGCGGAGAGUUGACAGCUGCUUGGGCCUUCUCAUUCUUUUCUCCGCAUUCUUUAACUUCUAUUUUAUUUGCUUACAGCUGUUUUUAGGAAUCAUGCAAGAAAAAGAUACUCCAGUAAGGGAAGCAUAUUAUGUAGUUUCAAUAACCUGGCUGUGUGUUAGAACGGGCUAUACAGUGGUGGCUGCAGCUGAUGUGUGCAAGCACUCUACAAUGGCUUUACCCACUUUGUAUGAGUGCAAUGCCCAGUUUUACAACGUUGAGAUAGAGAGGCUGCAGAAACAGCUUGUGAACGAGUAUGUAGCGUUGAGUGGAAUGGGAUUUUUCUAUUUGAACAGAACUUUUGUUUUGCAGAUGUCUGGUGCCGUAGUCACAUACGUUCUGGUUCUGAUUCAGUAUGAUGACUCUGAUUCUACUGUCACUUAA